GCUUGUCAAUUAAACUUUUGUGUUUGCUUAAGUAUUAAAAAAAAGCAAUUAAACAAAUUCAUUUAAAAUAACUUAUACAUCCUUGAUUGCUAUGAGAUGAUCUAUUAAUUGAAAUAUAAAAAAAAACUACAUACAUGUAUGUACAUUGAAGCGUCUGAACAAUCUUAAAAUAAGCAACUCUCCAAAAACAUAUGAUGACACUAUCUCCAAAAUAAAUAAUAAAAAAAAACAUGACAUUUGUUAUCACUUCGUACUUUGGCCAAUUUACCACUAGUAUUUCGAUAUUUUUUAGAAAAAUAAAGGAAUGAUACAACGUCGUAAAUUAAUUGGAAAUAAUCCAUUAGAUUUUCGAAAUGCUCGAGCACGUCAACCAGAAAUUGUACGAUUUGUUCAAAAAGAUGCCAAAUACACAGAGGAACUGACAGAAGAUUUCUCGGAUCUCCUGCGUCUAACAGGCUCUCGCAGUUGGAUAAAAUACAAUCAAUUGUGUAAGCUAUUUGCCGAAAUUACUUAUCAUGGAUUUGCGUCAAUUAAUAAUUUACAAACACUUGGUGAGGAAUACACUGGUAUUAUUCAAGUUGAUAGUGCAUACAUGCACAUUCCAUCACGUUUGUUACAACUAGUUGCUAUCAUAUUGGAAUUUGGUGGAGACGCUUUAUUUGCUCGAAUUUUGGAAAAACUUGAAAAAUACAUCAAAGAUAAUGAGGAAAUUGUGCCGGAUGCAAAGGAAAAACUUCUAAGGGUGCUGCGGAUAUUGCAUUUCUCUCCACAAUACAUAAAAGCCUUACACAAAUCAUUAUUUUAUUUGCGUUCCGGAAAAUACCAAAUAUCCAAACGUAUUACUGGCUUAAAUUAUGUCUUAAUACGCCACUGGUUACAACCAGAAUUUUCAUUAUAUGGCUAUAAAAUACUUGGAGUUAUAACAUUUCUACAAGUAACUGUGUCACUAAUAAUAAAUGCAUAUGAAUAUUGGAAAGAACAUAAAAGAAAAAAGUUAGCAAAUAUAAAAAGCUCUUCUAGAAGCAUAAUCAACACAGAGAAAAAUGCAAAUCUCGAAAAAUCUGAGGUGCCACAGUGCAUCCUUUGCCUUGAUUCACGUACUAAUACGACUUUGACGCCGUGUGGACAUUUAUUUUGUUGGAAUUGUAUCCUUGAUUGGCUGGAUGAACGUGAUGAAUGCCCUUUGUGCAGAGAAAAGCUAAAGAAGUCUAAUGUAAUUCCGUUACAAAACUAUUUAUAAAACUUAAUUGUUUGGAAGUUGGUAUAGGGUGUUUUUUUGUCACAUGAAUUAAUAUAAAAUAAUACUUGUAAGAUUUUACAAUAAAAAUUGUACCAGGAUGCAGUGUUCCCAGGGUUCCAUUGUUCUCAAAAAAUCCUUUUCCUGACUUGUUCCAGACAUACUGCGCUAAAUUUUGUCUGAUAUUUUUAAAUUAGCGUCUUUGGCGAUAUAUCAAUAAAAUAAAGCUGUUACAAAAAAAUAGUCAAAGCUA